CUUAUCUUUAGGUUAGGGAGUCUCGCAGGAAAAACUGAAGCGGCAGCUCCCGGGUCCGGGAGCCAAACCGGACAGAGGCGGGUGGCACCAUCGCUCCAAGGCGUGGUGGCGUCUAGGUGUAGGGGAAGCCUAGUUGCACGCCCCCCCCCCCACACACUCCGCCAGGCGCGCAGCAAUCCCAGCCUCCUUUUCGCCACUUUUAUUCCCACUUCUCCCGGGAUGGGCACACACUAGGGUUCUGAAGCAGGGGUCCCUAGACUCUUUGAGUGGAGGGUAUCCCUGAGGGGCUCCGAAGUCUAAAUCGCACCGAGCAGGGGGUCGCGGCUCGGCCUGGAUGCGUGUGCCCUUGUCUCCGAACCAGCGGAAGGAUCGUGGCGCUCCAAGAUGUUCCAGCUGACCCUCGGUGCCCUAGUCCAGGGAGGCAGGCUCGUUCUUCUCCCCGAGGCCUCGCGGGGUUCCGCCCCCGGUGCCGACCAGGAGUCGGCCCCGGUCGCAGCCCCGCCUCCCGGGAUUCAAGUUUCCGCCCCAGAUUAGGUGAACUGAUUGAGGGUUAAUGAGAGCGACACCAGCUCUCCACCAAACUCCCGACCCGGCCUCCUGACCGCUGGUAACUCUGAGCGCAUGUUCCCGAGGUUUUAUCUGACUUGUCCCCUAAACCGUCCAUGCUCGACGGACUCCGGUGUCCGGCAGUCAGCGCGCGUGCGGCUCAGACUCAACUUCCUUGGGACAAGAUCUCUGCGCUUGCAGGGACGGAAGGCUGACCGAGGGUUUGCGCAUCCCUCCAGCGGCGGGUCACCAUGCCGCGCUCUUUCCUGGUUAAGAGCAAGAAGGCGCACAGCUACCACCAGCCGCGCUCCCCCGGACCCGACUACUCCCUCAGGCUGGAAAUCGUACCGGCGCCCGGCAGAGCAGACAGCGCGUUGAGUGCUGGCGAGAAGAAGGUGGAGCCCGGAGACCGUUUGUCCCCUGAUUCUCAACUAACCGAGGCCCCGGAUAGAACCUCCGAGUCCCCGGACAGCUGCGAGGGCAGCGUCUGCGACCGGAGUUCCGAGUUCGAGGACUUCUGGAGGCCCCCUUCGCCCUCGGUGUCUCCAGCUUCGGAGAAGUCGAUGUGUCAGUCUCUGGAUGAAGCCCAGCCCUUCCCCGUGCCUUUCAAGCCCUAUGCAUGGAGCGGCCUAGCGGGUUCUGACCUGCGGCACCUGGUGCAGAGCUACCCGCCGUGCACAGCCCUGGAGCGCAGCGCUGGCCUGAGCCUCUUCUGCGAGCGCAGCCCAGAGCCAGUCCAUCCCGCCACGCUGUACAGCUCAGAGCGCCCUGCGGGUGGUGCGGGGGCCGGGCCACCAGGGAGCUGCGGCGGCGCAGCGGGCGCCACCAGUGGCACCAGCCUGGGACUCUACGGUGACUUUGGCCCUGUAGCGGCGGGGCUGUACGAAAGGCCAACAGCAGCGGCGGGCAGGUUGUACCCAGAGCGCGGCCACGAGCUCCACGUGGACAAGAGUGCUGGCGUCAAGGUGGAGUCGGAGCUUCUGUGCACGCGUCUGCUGCUGGGCGGCGGCUCCUACAAAUGUAUCAAGUGCAGCAAGGUGUUCUCCACACCACACGGGCUCGAGGUGCACGUGCGGAGGUCCCACAGCGGCACUAGACCUUUUGCCUGUGAGAUGUGCGGUAAGACCUUUGGGCACGCAGUGAGCCUGGAGCAGCACAAAGCCGUGCACUCGCAGGAACGUAGCUUUGACUGUAAGAUCUGUGGCAAGAGCUUCAAGAGGUCAUCCACACUGUCCACACACCUGCUCAUUCACUCAGACACCCGGCCCUACCCCUGUCAGUACUGUGGCAAGAGAUUCCACCAGAAGUCAGACAUGAAGAAACAUACCUUCAUCCACACAGGAGAGAAGCCCCAUAAAUGCCAGGUGUGUGGCAAAGCAUUCAGUCAGAGCUCCAACCUCAUCACCCACAGCCGGAAGCACACAGGAUUCAAGCCCUUUGGCUGCGACCUGUGUGGGAAGGGCUUCCAAAGGAAGGUGGAUCUCCGGAGGCACAGGGAGACACAGCAUGGACUCAAAUGAGAGCCCUGGCUGGCUGCAUCACCAGCUACGCAACACUACUGUGGAGGACAGCUUCCCUGCGGGCCUCCUGCCCCUUCUCAGGCCCUGAAUCCAGUCUGCAAAGCCCAUCAUGGUAAUCCCUUCUCCUUCUUCCCUGGAGUGGCUGGAGGGUGAGGUACUUUUUCUAAUUUAUGCCCAGAGUGGAAACCACAACAACUAUCUGGGCUUCAUGCUUUUCAACACCUGAAGAUGCAAAGUCAAGUGAGGAUCAAAUAAAAUCUUGACCACCAGAGUCCUUCCCUUUUCUGCCUUGUCUCACAGACAGGAAAAGCGCUUGGGUUUGGCUUACCUACUGAAAGAGGAGGAAUCACCUUUUAACGUGGACCCAGGCUAAUGCUUUUGUUUAGAAAGAAGAAUGAGUGUUACUGUUUUCCUCUUCUGCAGAGUCUGUCCACCCCUUUCUUUUGGGUGCUGUCUGUCCAUCUUCUCCCUCAGAAAUUGAUUUAGGGAAGGAGCUUCAUUCUUUUGAAAUGACCAGAAUGCACCAUCAAGCCUGACCCAGAAAGAAGCAGAAAGAAAUGCUCCGUGUAAUCAGAGGAAAUCAGAGGUCCUUGCUAGCUCCAUCAGAGGAGAAGGGAAGAUGGAGCAGCACCUGUGGAGAGAUAUUCAUUCAUUCUGCAAGUUCUUGUUGACCACUGGUUAAGAGAGUACCAGGUACCAUGCGAGGCACUGGAAGUCAGACAUUAAGGUCCCAGCCCUGUACCUUCAAAGUUAAUAUUGGGCCUCAGAGUGACUAGAGGCUGUGCUCUUUCCUCCAAAGGAGCUCUGAAAAGACAAUGCAGAAUCAUUAAACUUCCCUUUUGUCCUUUUUGGAUUUUUUUCAAGUAUAAACAAAAAGUAGCUGAAGGGUUACUUAAAAUAUUCAUGUUUAUAUUCAGUUUUUAUUGUUAAGUGGCUGUUUUAAAUGUGCCUAAGCUGAUAGAUGCAUGAGGGUAAAGGCUCUGUCUUCAACCCUGGUUCUCUGUGUGUACCAUAUAGGAAAACAGUGGUAUUUUUACUUUGAAGGUUGUAAAUGUUUCUGGACCUUCUUGAGUGCAUUAUAUAUGUUAGAACAUAUUUAUUAGAGUGAUGCUUUAAUUUAAUAAAGUAUUAAGACUGUUA